GCAAAGCCAAUACAGAGCUCGACGACUCAAGUCCGAAACAGCCAUGAAGGGUAUCCUGUCGUACGCUCUACUGACGCUGGCGACCGCCGCGCCGAAGGCCCAUCGGCCUCAGGACCAAUGGAUUACUCCCAGUCCUGCACCAAGAUCAGGAUACGGGAAACCCUCGGCUCAGCUCGAGUCUCGCCUGCCCAAGAUUCCCACCCACAGGCGUUUCGAGGACCUGAACCCGUCUGUGACCGAAGACGGCCGUGAGCUGUUCGAAUCGGACAUAGUUCUGACGGCCGAGCAGCGCGACGGCCGUCAGGCGGCCACCAACCUCUGGACCAGCCCCGUCAGCUUCGCCAUCAGCUCCAAUUCGUCCGCCGACCGGACCGCCAUCCUGGCCGGAAUCCAGCACUGGCGGGACCACACCUGCGUCGAGUUCAACGAGGUGGCCGAGGGCUCCAGCGUGCCGCACAUCAACGUCAUCAAGGCCGCCGGCUGCUGGUCGUACAUUGGUAAGAGCACCAGCUCCGGGGGCCAGGAUCUGAGCAUCGGCGACGGCUGCACCGGCCUGGGCACGGUGGUCCACGAGUUCGGCCACGCCCUGGGAUUGCGGCACCAGCAGGCGCGCCACGACCGUGACAACUACGUCACAAUCCUCUUCGAGAAUAUCCAGGAUGGAAAGGAGGGCAACUUCGGGAAGCGGUCCACACCGAACAACUACUCCGUACCGUACGAUCUAACUUCAAUCAUGCAUUACGGGAGCAGAUAUUUCUCCAAAAACGGGAAGGAAACUAUUCGCGUCAACAACUUCCUCCAGCAAGGUCUGAUUGGACGGGAGGGUGGUCUGUCACACCGCGACAAGCAGCUCGUCAACGCCAUGUACAACUGCGCCGGUAGCUGCUCCAGCCCACCCACCUGCCAGAACGGCGGCUUCGUCGGCAAGAGCUGCACUUGCGUCUGUCCGCCCAACACCUCCGGCGCCAACUGCGAGACGCUCAACGGCAGCUACUACCCGGGGGUCGACUGCGGGAACAUCGACAUGACACAGUCGGGCACCAUCACCACACCCAACUACCCCAGCAACUUCCCGACUAACGUGGUAUGCUGGUGGGUUAUCAAAGCACCCACCGGACAGCGUGUUAAGGUCACGUUCACUGACAUGAAGAUGUUGUAUAGCGUCGAUAAUGUUUGCUACUGGGACUACGUGGCUCUUCGCUACUCGGGCGACGCUCAUUCCGACGAUAAGGUGGCUUGCGAUACAGAACUCAAGGGAAAGAGCUUCACCUCUACGGGCAACCAGUUCAUAGUCAAGUUCAAGUCGGGUAAUUACGGAUGGUACAAGGGUUUCUCAGCCAACGUUGAGUUUUUGGCGUGAGCGUGGCCGCUGCAAACAACGCACGUCGGCUGUCCGUCUGCGUUUGCGAGUGAUUUGACAUCGACCAUUUUUGGGAAUGUUAUUAU